GCGGCAGGCGUCACUACUCGCAUUGUUAUUGUCAUCACUAUUGCAUUGACUUUGUUGCUGUACGUCGUGUUUUAAUUAAUUUCCAUUGCGCUUUUUGUCGAAUUAUGAAAAUUUACAAGCAGAAACUGCGCGAUGUGUGGCUGCAAAUGGAGGAGUUUCGUGCGUGGCUGCGGCGGGAUCCGGACGACUCCUACCGGGCGCACUGCCGCUUCUGCAAAUGCUGCGUAAACACCAAAAUAAGUGAUCUGCGUGCACAUGCGUCAACCAAGAAGCAUAUGAAGCACUUAAAUCUCAAACAGCAACAAACAAAAACCGCGGACGACAGCCCCUUAAACAGGUCAUCCGCCGGCAGCUCCAGCACCACUCCCUACAAGGUCAAGGUGAAGUCGCAGCCAAAAACUGCCCCGGUGAAAAAGGAAAAAAUCAGUGCAUCGGAUCAGUCCGUCGACUACGAGGAAAUCAUCGAGAAUCUGGCACUUUACGAACCAGAGCAGGUCAUGUUCUCCUCGUGCUCCCUGACCGGCGGCGGCGAGCAGAGGCUGGAGGAUGACGUUGAAGGCGAGGGCGAGAUGUCCACCAUCAGCAUCAUGGACGAGGAGAUGGUCAACAAGGCAGUGGCCAAUGCGCUGCGAACCCAGAAGGACAGCGCCCAGAUCUUCGGCGACUUUGUGGCCGACCGGCUACGACAGUUGAACACCGACGCCUCCGAGUUUGCCAAGGACAAGAUAAUGAAGGUUAUUCUGGAGGCGGCGUCCAUCGAUCGAGCUCCCACUUAUAAUUAAAGUAAACCCAAAAUAUUAGUUUUUAGUAUUGACUAUAGUUUGAAUAAAGCAUGAACUGUACAAUUAAGAUUAAUUAAUAGGCAACUUUUUGCUAACCUGGUAUGCGAAAUUUCGAAAUUUGUAAAAAAAAAAAAUGGAAAUUAUUUCAUUAUGUACUACAUUUUUAUUAUUACUUUUAAACACCUUAAUUUUGUAUUGUUAUUAAAUAUUUGUAAAAAGAUAUAUGCUGAAUCAACUGCACUUUAAAUAUAUAGUUUUUCAUUUCGAAUAAACAUUUAUUUCAAAA